AUGGAAGGCAUGGUGGUUCUUACUCAUGAGUGUAGUGCUAUUAUCCAAAGGCUAACCAUCCCUAAGAAGCUUGAAGAUCCAGGAAGCUUCACUUUACCUUGUGCCAUUGGGCAAUAUGCUUUUGAGAGGUGUCUAUGCGAUUUGGGAGCAAGUGUGAGCCUUAUGCCUCUCUCCAUUGCUAAAAGGCUUGGCUUUACACAAUACAAGAAGUGUAGACUCUCUCUUGUACUAGCUGAUCGCUCAGUGAAGAUUUCCAUUGGUAUCCUAGAAGAUCUCCCUGUUAUGGUUGGAAAUUGUGAGAUUCCUACAGAUUUUGUGGUGUUGGAGAUGGAUGAAGAACCAACAGAUCCUUUGAUAUUGGGGAGACCUUUCUUGGCUACAGCAGGAGCAGUUGUGAAUGUUAAGGAAGGGAAGAUUGAUCUUCACCUUGGAAAGAGAAACAUCCUUCACUUUGACAUCAAAGAGGUGAUGAAGAAGCCUAUUACUCAAAGCCAAACCUUCUACAUUGAGGAGAUGGAGGUUUUAGCUGAUGAGCUUCUAGAGGAAUUGAGAGGUCCAAAUGAUUGA